CCCGUCUGACUGGUGGAGGAGACGGAGGAGACGCUGGCCUCCUUGCACUCUCUCAGAAAACGGAAAUUCCUCGAAGUAAACGUAACAACUUCCUGUUACACUUUCUGGGAGCCGGCGGUGGUGUUCAAGGUGCUCAUUUGUUUGGCAACUGCAGUAUGAAGACUGUACUUAUCACAGGAGCCUCAGGUCUGCUCGGAAGACCCCUCAUUAGAGCUUUCCAGGCCGCGUCUUGGAACGUCACCGGUCUCGCCCACAGCAGAGCAUCUGGAGAAUUGCUUAGCGUGGACCUCACAGACGCACAGCUGACGGAAAAAAUCGUGAAGGAGAAAAGGCCAAAUGUCAUCGUUCAUUCAGCUGCCCAGCGGUUUCCUGACAAGGUUGAGAAGGAUUACGACGGCAGCUACGCGCUUAACGUCACUGCAUCCAAAAAUCUAGCAGCUUUAGCCGAUUCCGUAGGAGCAGCGUUCAUCUUUAUAAGUACAGAUUAUGUAUUUGAUGGACGGGACCCGCCCUACUCCGAAAGCGCCAAGCCCAACCCUUUGAACAAGUACGGCACGACGAAAGCAGAGGCUGAGCGAGCAGUGCUCUCUGCGAAACCAGACGCAGUCGUGCUACGCGUGCCCGUGCUGUACGGGGGGGAGGAGUACGUCUCCGAGAGCGCCGUGUCGGUCUUGUGCGAGCUGCUGAACGACCGCUCGAAGCACGUGAAGGCGUCGGACUACGAGAUCCGCUACCCUUCCCACACUGAGGACAUUGCGUUCAUCGUUGUCCAGCUUGCCGAGCGUCGACUUAAGGACCGGAGCGUGAGCGGCGUGUACCAGUGGUGCGGCCUGGAGCCACUCACCAAGUACGCCAUGGUGCGCGCCAUCGGCCAGGCGCACGGGCUCAGCACCGACCACGUGUCGCCGGACGCCGAGCCGAGCAGCGGCGCCCCGAGGCCCCGGGACUGCCGCCUCGAGCACUCCAGGCUGCAGCAGUUGGGCAUCGCCCGCCACACGCCGUUCGCCCAGGGCGUCGCCGGGUUUGCCAAGUUCCUCCAACCCGCCGCCGCCGGACAGCACCACGCGUGAAGCAUACUGUUCGUGACCUCGCCGGCCUGUUUUUGUAUCACUCGUGCUGUAUUAGAGGAAUGGACGCAAUGCACUUUUGUGCGUUCGCGGGGCAAUGGUGUGUGAGACGUCGACACCUUCAGUGCAUCUGGUUACGAGAGCGCAGGCUGUUGUUAUGCGUGGUGACUUCUGCCAUGGUCUAUCCAUCGCUGCGGAUGUCGGGCGUGUGUAUCACUAAACGUGCUGUCUCGUCUGUUUCCUGCGGUGUAAUAUUUACUCUUUAUUCUGUCACCUUUUAUUCCCUUUCCCCAG